ACAUUUCAUUUGUCUGAGAUGUUUUGUUUUGACCCUCAAGGCCACCUUAUGUUAUUUUAGCAUAUCCAAAAUAAUAAAACAAAUAUAAUUUAGAAGCUGUAUGUAUAAGAUAAAGACAAUAUUUCACUGAAGUGUCAACAGAGUAUGAAGCAGUCAAGCUUCGCCUCACCUGGGCUGCAGCACUGCAGCAGGCCAUGACACCUGAUCAGGCUGCUUCUCGUUUACCUGUCUGGAUGUUCCUGGUUAACUCUGGUGUAAUUGCUCGCAGUAGGUUGGAUGAGUCACGGCGGAUUGUCAUUUACAUACUCAGUCUCAGCAUGUGACUCGCCCCAGAACCUCCACGUUUGGUCGGUCGCGGCCGCUGGUUCGUCUGAUGAUGUCAGGAGGAGGAAAAACCCGACUUCCUUAUACACAAGCACACAAGUUAAAAAGCGCAGACCUCAUCAGCUGAGCUCGACAACCCGAGCGAGGAGAAGAAAAGACGCGUUUAAAGACUCGUCGGAGGGUUUUAAGGUGGAACAUGAUCAGCGUCUGAACCUCACAGACGCUGACACACCUGCAUGGAUCUGCCCUCCACCUCUCCCAGCUCCAGACUCCUCCUGUCCCUCCUGUGAGAGCAUGCGUCCAAGCGAUCCCGACCCUUCCCCGGACCCCCAGAACCCAGAGGCCCAGCUGGACUUCUUCCACAAGCUGGGCUACUCCACGGCUCAGGUUCAGGCCGUGCAGCAGCAGUUCGGCCCCAACACGGACACAGAUAAAGUCCUCGGGGAGCUGGUGAGGAUCGGGGUCAGUCGGGAGGCCAAGCAGGGGUCGGUGACCACCAUGUCGGUGUUGGUGCCCAGAGGGGACAUCCAUGCUGUGGGCCCCACCAUGCUGCUGCCCUUACCUUCAUCAUCAUCAUCGUCGUCAUGCGAUCAGACCAGAGAGGAGAGUGGUGAGGAUGAGGACGCUCUCCGGCCGGUCGUCAUAGACGGGAGUAAUGUGGCCAUGAGCCAUGGGAACAAGGAAGUUUUCUCUUGUUUGGGAAUCCAGCUGGCUGUGAACUUCUUCCUGGAGCGAGGCCACUCUGAUAUCACUGUGUUUGUUCCCUUGUGGAGGAAGGAGCAGCCCAGGCCAGAUGUUCCCAUCACAGAUCAACAUAUCCUGAGAGACCUGGAGAAGAAGAAGAUUCUGGUGUUCACGCCGUCACGCCGCGUGGCAGGUAAGCGGGUGGUUUGUAACGACGACUGCUUCAUCGUCAAGCUGGCCUACGAGUCUGACGGCAUCAUCGUGUCCAACGACAUGUACCGGGACCUUCAGGCAGAGAAACCCAAGUGGAAGCGCUUCAUCGAGGAGAGGCUGCUCAUGUACUCCUUCGUCAAUAACAAGUUCAUGCCUCCUGAUGAUCCUCUGGGCCGCCAUGGACCCACCCUGGAGAACUUUCUGAGAAAGGUUCCAAAGACUCAGAAAAAACAACCGUGCCCAUAUGGUAGGAAAUGUACGUACGGGAUCAAAUGUAAAUUCAGCCACCCUGAGCGACCCAAACAGUCCAGUCGCUCGCUUGCUGAUGAGCUGCGGGAGAGCGCUAAGCACCCUUCACCUGCUCAGAAACUUCCUUCAGCUCGCUCUAGUCCGGUGCCGGGACAGAGCCUCUUGCUGGUGGAGGACAUGGCAAAGAAACUGACUCUGGGACACGAGAGCGGCUCCCCAAAGAAAGAUCAAAAACACGAACAUCAGGUGAAGGCGAGUCAUCGCUCCAGUAAGAGAGCCACGUCUAGAAAGGAGAAGACCAGCCAGCUCCCGUCUUCCGAGCAGUCCUCGGCUCGGCACGGUGGCUCUCAGGAGCAGCUGGACUCUGGUUUAGGCUCCAUAGACAGUCAGACAGCUCCCUGGAGCGAUCACCAGUAUACCCACAGUAUGAGACAGCAGUACGGCCCUCCUCGCAGCGCACCCUGCAGCUGUUGCUCACAUGGCCCAUCCUCUCAGGGGACCACACCAGGUUUCCAGCACCACACCCAGCAGUACAGCCUUGGGCCUGUCAGCAGCCACAGCUCUGACAUCAUCCCCUACGGCCCUCCACAAUACGCCAGCUACGGCGCGUACCCAGUCAGCAUGUCUGCGUAUAGUCAGCCGCCAGACUUCCAGCACAGCAGAGCCCACAACCCCCAGCAGCGGCAGCAGUACUGGUCCGAUCCGUUCGGGGCUCAUCCUCUGGCGGCCCGCAGCCUGCCGCGCUGGGAGCCUCCUCCGCCACCUCAACGGACACAGCUGAGUCCGGCCAACGGGGAGGAGAGAGAGGUCGUCCGGAAGAAGCUCCUCGCCAUCUUCAGCGCCAACUUAGUGGACACGGCCAUGGACAUGUUUCCUCAGCUGAUGGAUCCACAGAUGCUGGUGGCUGAGAUCCUCAUGCUGCAGAGUCAGAACAAGUCGCUGAGAUGAGACGAAUCCAGGGCCGGUGUGAACCCACGUCUUUCAGUGGAAAGACAGAGAAUCUAAACAUGAGUUUGUGUAUUUCUGUAUUGUGGUAUCCACCUUGUUAUAAACUUUGUAUGAAUGUUUUGUAAAUAAGUUACCUUAUUGAACUGGGUAAAAUAAGAGCCAGUGUGCUGUUGAUACAAAUUGUAUCUUUUAUUUAGGAAAUGAGGAGAAAAGAGGAUUUUAAUGCCACAUUAUGUGAUUUUAAAGGUGUACAGAUUUUAGUUGAAAGAAUUUAAAAAAAAAAAAAAAAAAAGUUCUAAUUAUAACCAGAAUCUCAAGAAACAGUGUUGAUGCUAUGUUAGAGAGUUGUGAUGCAGCGAUGUCUACUGAAGUUAGCAUGCUAACCAGUUAGCCCCGGCCUGUCCUGGUCCAAAGCUCCUACACUAGCAGUGUAAACAAGAAUCUUCCCGAGCUCCAGGUCCGGACCACUAGCUGCACAGCUAACUGAGCUAACUGGCUAAUGGCGUCUGCAAUUAGCAGCAGGUAGUGGUUACUCCAGUGAUAUUCUGCCUAUUUGUUUUGAGUAUAGUUCAACAGGUGGCUAAAUCUUACAUAGUGCACCUUUUUCAAAGGAGGGACACCCUGACACAGCAUUGUUGGGGCUGUUGAUGAGCAUCCGAGGCUGUAGGUGGUACUGGACAUCCCUUGUCUGCGGCUUUUAGCAGUUAGCAAAUGCUCCCCAAAAGCAGUCUUUCCAAUGGCUUUGGCACACUGGGUGCAUCUGCUUGAGAGGAAAUAAGACCAUACCAACAGGUGCUGGUUGUCUGUAUUCGUCAUUCAAAGGGGGAAACAGUGAGACUCAGCACGGCCCAUAUACCAACUUUUUUUUUAUGGUAAAGCCACCAGUAUUCAGCUGGUUCUAAUUGAGAAUAGGAGCCAAAAAAAUAUGGAAAUAAUACAACAAAACAACAGAUUAAUGGGGGUUUCCUUUCCCUUUCUGUCUCUAGUCUUGUGUGCUGAUUGGCCUAGCUGCCACAACAGCAGAUUAAGUUCUCCAACCAUCGAUUUUACCAGCCCAGCCAACUAUAAAGCCUCCAGCGUAGAUUGAGUGAUGCCAAUCGUGCGAGACAGACUGAUGCAACCUAGGUCGGAGCCCUGAAUUGGUACAAUUGAAUGGAAUCUAUGUCAUUAAAAAUACUUUUAUUAUGCCUACUGAUGUCCUCAUAAAGCUGGUAAUUAUAUGUUUGGUGUGGGUGAGAGGAGCACUGAAUGUUAAAAUGUGUUUGUGUCAUAUUGGCACCGUGCACCAAACUUUCCCAGCAAACUGCUGCAUGGGGCGUGGGGCAGUAAUUAACAGUUUCACACCUUCAACAAACUUGUUAUGAUGAAAUGAUGUUGUGUUAUUGCUACGCACACUUUAUAAAGGCCUAAGUGAUAAUAAUGUGCGUACGUCUUAUAUUCCCAGUUGAGUUUAUUUAAUGUGUUGCUGUGUUUGUGUUGUGAUAUUUUAGCUGAUAUCGAUGAGAAAGUGUUGAGCGUGUGUUUCGUAAGAUGAAAAUGAGUUUUAGAGGACAGUAUGACAAAUGUAUGUUGUCAGUGUUUUUAAUUUAUAGUUACAUUUAUAAUAUUUACAUGACAUAAUUGACCCACGGUUGACUGAGAAUGACAGACUUGCAUGUGUAGUGUUUAUGUCGAUGACUGUAAUUGUUACGAAAAUAAAAAUAAACAUUUGUCAUCA